AUGUCGAAAAGCAGGCUUCAUGUGCCCAACAAUGACCCGAAACCGGUCGAUACACAAGAACUUCCUCGCGUGGACCCAUUCUCUCUCGUCGACCCGAAUGCCCUUUCCUUGUUUUCCUUCGCCCACCAACCGAACGGCCUCUUGACUCCCAACCUUGGCGGCGGCUUCAAUCCCGCAUUCCACAGUCAACAUGCCGGUGACUUGCACACCCCCAGCAUGGGGUUGGGCAUGAUGAAUUCGCUCUCGCAGUUGUCAGCUCCCAUGGAUCAAGACGCAGCAAGCAUGGGCCUCGAUCAGUUUGGUCAACCGCUCUUUUCAAGCUCGAACCCCUUCCAAAAUCAGCAACCUUUUGCCCAGCAGCCGACAUUUGCCCCGCCAAGUGUGCUCGUACAUCGUGAUUCGGGAUACGACGCCGCCAUGGAUGAAUCCAUCGAGAACUCGUCACUCAAUGACUUUGAUAUGCAAACCAAUUCACCAGUGAAAUUAUCAAAAGUAAGUUACACUCGUCAUUUCACAUCUUGUCAGUAUCCUAACACUUCUUCAAACAGAUUCCGGUACAAUGUGACAUUGCGCGCUCCGACUGCCAUGAUCAAAAGCCCGGGAGAUAUCCCAAUCACGUAUUUGAAUAAAGGCCAAGCGUAUGGGCUAUCCAUAGUCGAUUCGAACACGCCUCCCAUGAGUACAAAGCCGGUCCAAUACCGAACGUUCGUUCGGGUGUCGUUCCAAGAGGAGGAACAACGGGCAAAACCGGCUGCAUGCUGGCAAUUAUGGAAGGAGGGCAGAGGUUCGAGCGAGGCGCAUCAGCGCGGCGGCAAGCUUCAAGCAGUCGAGUACGUCGAUCCGUUCCAGGGUGGAGACGAGGACCGGAAGGGUCGCCAGGUUCAGAUCGAAAACACCUCGUUCGAUGGUUUCUGCGUUACAUGGACCGCGAACCCCGCCACAGGGACAUCCGACUGUACGAUUCCCGUUCGGUUCAACUUCCUCUCUACGGAUUUCAGUCAUUCCAAAGGUGUCAAGGGUAUUCCCGUUCGGCUGUGCGCGAAGACUCAAUUGAUAUCUGACGACGGGGCCGGGCCAGAGCACGAAGUGAGCUAUUGCCAAGUUAAGCUUUUCCGUGAUCACGGCGCCGAACGCAAGCUAUCGAACGACGUGGCCCAUGUGAAGAAGACAAUCGAAAAGCUCCGGCAGCAGACUGCCCAAGCAGAAAUUGGCGCCGGCAACAACGGGAAACGGAAGCGCGCCAACGGCUCUGUCGCUGUCAAUGACGGAGAUUAUCGUCCUUCGAAGACCACGAAACACAGACGAACAUGGUCGAUGGAUUCGCGGGAUGGUACCGAGAGGAUUUCUCUGGAAGAUGAUCUGCAUGCCAAGCUGGCGGCGAUGCAGGAGAUGUUCACCUCGACCAGACCUGUCAGCAGCCUUAAUCUGCAAGGAGAGGACCAGGAUGAUCCGGAUAUGUUCCCGGUCCAACUUCCGGGUGGUACUCUUUCCAGUAAGAAACCGGAACUCAGCCUUCGGGGAACCCGGCCGAGCUUUGACGGUGUGCUAUCGCCUGCGACGAGUAACCUGUCAAACUCUCCACGCGCAGUCUGGAAUCAAAUUCCCGGACAAUUCCAGCACGACUCGGCAUACCAAGGCUCAAUAGGUAGCUCCCGGGGUAGCUCUCUUCCUACCUCUGAGAUCUCGUUGUCCCGGCCUGUCAAGGUUCAAAAAGUAUCGACGGAUCCCAAUGUUUCGACGGGUUAUAUUGAAGCAAUGGACAUCGAUCCAACCUACCGGCCGCCAGCGGAGCGUUCAUCCAAGCCAAUCGCAUGUUUCUAUCUUCGUUUCCCGCACAAUGAAACACCAAAUGACGACUUCUAUCGUGCUGUCUAUUUGAGCGAGCGGACUGUUAGUGAUUUGAUGGAGAAGAUCUCGCACAAGCAGAACAUCGAUCCGAGUCGCGUUGUUCGCGUCCUCCACAUCAAAGAAAACGGUUUGAAGAUCAUGGUGGACGACGACGUGGUUCGCGAACUCCCGGAUGGUCAAGAUAUGGAUGUCGAACUCUCCGAAGCUUCUGACACAUCAGACGGAAGCGAACAGCCUCCGGUCGAGUUGAAACUGAGCUAUUAAAGAGUACUUCUGUCGGACUUACGCAACUGUGUGUUUGUCCUACGGGAUUGCAUUCCGCAAAUGCUCUUCGCCUUUCCUUCGAAUUAAUCAUACACGUUUCCAUACUUUUUUGUUCCCUGACUCGCCUCCUCGGGUGAUCUGGAUGACUGAGAAGUUUACGAAAAUUUUGAUCGUUUCCAUCCGUGAUGUAACACCUGGUGCGUGGCACGGAGGUG